AUGUCAAUCCAUCUCGCUGCUUCUUCAUUCCUGCUCGUUCAAGAGGGCCUCGACGUCGCCCACCACGCCGAGAUACUCGUGCGCAAAGGAGAAAAGAAGCCACCAGCGGCGAAACACGCCGUUGUUGGCGUCCCAGCCGCGGCGGCGGUGCUCGUUGCUGAUGAACUGGAGCAUCUGGUUCGAGGCAAAAGCACAGCACUCGGCCACCAUGGGCGGCGGGUAUGUCUGGGCCAACUCGCGCAAGAGGUGUCUGUGCACGGCGCCGCAGAGCCAGCGGGCCAAGUGGGGCGUGGACCAGCAGGCGGCGCGCUCGAGAAACGGGCGGAAGUCGCCAGCCGCGCAUUCGAGGCGCGCGGCCACGUCGGCGGGCGCGGGCGCGGGCGCGAACAACUGGCGGCCGAACGUGGUGUACACGAUGCCGUCGCACACCAUGCGGCGCAAGUGCGACCAGCGGUCCUGGGCGUAGGGGCUGGUGGUGUCGCGGGCCAAGAGGGCGGCCACGUCGGCGGCCAUGUGUGCGGCGAGGCGGGAAGAAGAGGAAAAGGAAGAGCCAGAAGAGGAGGCAGAAGCAGAAGCAGAAGCAGAAGCAGAAGCAGGGACAGGGGCAGAAUCAGGGACAGGGACAGGGGCGUCGAGCGCCGCCACCACGGCGCGGAGGCGCACGAGGCGCCGCACCAACGGGGCGUACCGCGGCGGGCCGUGCGCGGCGAUGCGCGCAGCGAAAAACGACACGUUCGCCUCGAGCGCGCGCGCCGGCUCCAUCAUGCGCGGAAGCGCCUCGAGCGCUAUCGCAAGCAAGUAGGCUGGGCUCGCGCCGCGCUCGAGGCGCACGCACACCUGCUCGAAGAGAUAGUGGCGGUGGCGCGCGCGCGCGGCCAUGUCCCAAGAGCGCGGCCACGUCCAGCGCGGUCGAAACGGAGGGAGAAAUGGAAGAAAUGGAAGAAAUUGAAGAAGUGGCCGCUUGCUCGCACCGCCGAAGCUGCGCCACCCGGCCACGCCUCGUGCCACUUGGUCCUGGCCCGCCGCCGCGGCCACCACGCUCCGCACCAGCUUCUGCACAUGCUCCUGGAGCCGCAGCAAGUCGAGUGCGCACUGCGCAAGCGUCGCGCGGUCCACGAUGGCCUCGUUCCACACCACCCCCAAGUAGUUGUACUUGGACUCGCCGCGGCGGCCGAGGCGCUUGGCCCGGAGCUGCGGGAACGCGAGCUUGAGCAACUUGCCCAACUUGGAGUGGCCCAUCACGAUGCUGCGGUCGCCGCCGUGCUGCGGCGUGGGGUACUUGGCCAUGAGCGUCUGGCACAAGAAAUAGUACACCUUGUAGAUGGUGUGGCGCGGGAUGGUGGCCACGGCGCUCACAACCCGGGUUUUCCACAACCACCAACGUGGUGGUGA